CCCAGCCCACUUCCCCUCCCACGGUCUCUAGUUCGCGUCAUGGCGGCCGCCGCCGAUCUGGAGGCGGUGGCGCCCACGGGCGCCCUGUGGGGCCUCGUGCACGACUUCGUCAUGGGUCAGCAGGAAGGCCCCGCUGACCAGGUGGCUGCAGAUGUGAAAUCUGGAAGCUAUACAGUGUUACAAGUGGUGGAAGCCCUUGGGUCUUCUCUAGAGAAUCCAGAACCCCGAACUCGGGCACGAGGAAUCCAACUUCUAUCAGAGGUGCUACUCCAGUGUCACCCCUUGCUCCUGGAGAAGGAAGUGGUACACCUGAUCCUAUUCUAUGAGAACAGGCUGAAGGACCAUCAUCUUGUGAUCCCAUCUGUCCUGCGGGGUUUGAGGGCACUCAGCCUGUGUGUGGCCCUGCCCCCAGGGCUGGCUGUCUCUGUGCUGAAAGCCAUCUUUCAGGAAGUCCAUGUACAGUCCUUGCCACAGGUGGACCGGCACACAGUCUACAGUAUUAUCACCAACUUCAUGCAAACUCGGGAAGAAGAGCUGAAGGGUCUAGGAGCUGACUUCACCUUUGGCUUCAUCCAAGUGAUGGAUGGUGAAAAGGAUCCCCGGAAUCUUCUGGUGGCCUUCCGCAUCGUCCAUGACCUAAUCUCCAGGGAUUAUAACCUGGGACCCUUUGUGGAGGAGUUGUUUGAAGUGACAUCCUGUUAUUUCCCUAUUGAUUUUACCCCUCCACCUAAUGAUCCCUAUGGUAUCCAGAGAGAAGAUCUCAUCCUGAGCCUCCGAGCUGUGCUGGCUUCCACACCACGAUUUGCUGAGUUCCUGCUGCCUCUGCUGAUUGAGAAGGUGGAUUCCGACAUUCUGAGUGCCAAGCUGGAUUCUCUGCAGACUCUGAAUGCUUGCUGUACUAUAUAUGGACAGAAGGAACUGAAAGACUUCCUCCCCAGCCUUUGGGUUUCUAUCCGCAGAGAGGUGUUCCAGACGGCAAGUGAGCGGGUGGAGGCCGAGGGCCUGGCGGCCCUCCACUCCCUGACUGCGUGUUUGUCUCGCUCUGUGCUGAGGGCUGAUGCUGAGGACCUCCUUGACUUCUUCCUUAGCAACAUUCUACAGGACUGCAGGCACCAUCUGUGUGAACCGGAUAUGAAACUGGUGUGGCCCAGUGCCAAACUGUUGCAGGCAGCUGCAGGUGCAUCUGCCCGGGCCUGCGACCACAUCACCAGCAACGUACUGCCUUUGCUGCUGGAACAGUUCCACAAACACAGUCAGAGCAACCAGCGGCGGACCAUCCUUGAAAUGAUCCUGGGUUUCUUGAAGCUACAACAGAAGUGGAGCUAUGAAGACAAGGGUGAAAGGCCUCUGAGUGGCUUGAAGGACCAGCUAUGCUCACUGGUGUUCAUGGCCCUGACAGACCCCAACGCCCAGCUUCAGCUUGUUGGCAUCCGUACUCUCACUGUCUUGGGUGCCCAGCCAGGUCUCCUGUCUCCUGGUGACUUGGAGCUGGCAGUGGGGCACCUCUACAGACUGAGCUUCCUAGAGGAGGAUUCCCAGAGUUGUAGGGCAGCAGCGCUGGAAGCAUCAGGAACCCUGGCCACUCUUUACCCUAUGGCCUUCAGCAGCCACCUAGUGCCCAAGCUUGCUGAGGACCUGUGCGUGGUCUUGUCUCCUGGGUUGCUUUCAGGGAAGUUGGAUUUGGCUAAAGGGGAUGGGCCCACCAAAUGCUCCCGGCACCUGCGCUGUCUACAAGCCUUGUCAGCUGUAUCAACCCAUCCCAGCAUUGUCAAGGAGACCCUGCCACUGCUGCUGCAGCAUCUGUGCCAGAUGAACAAAGGGAAUGUGGUUGCAGGACCAAGUGAAGUUAUUGCUGUCUGUCAGAGCCUCCAGCAGGUGGCAGAAAAAUGCCAGCUGGACCCAGAAAGCUGCUGGUAUUUCCAUCAGACAACUAUACCUUGCCUGCUUGCCUUGGCUGUGCAGGCUUCCAUGCCAGAGGAGCUCUCAGUUAGGAGAAAAGUGCUAUUGGAGGAUGAGGUCUUGGCUGCCAUGGUGUCUGUCAUUAGCACUGCCACCACCCACUUAAGCCCUGAUUUAGCUGGACAGAGUGUCGCCCACAUUGUGCCCCUCUUCUUGGAUGGCAACAUCUCCUUUCUGCCUGAAAACAGCUUCCCUUGCAGAUUCCAGCCAUUCCAGGAUGGCUCCUCAGGACAGAGGAGGCUGGUUGCACUGCUCAUGGCCUUUGUCUGCUCCCUGCCUCGAAAUGUGGAAAUCCCUCAGCUGAAUCAACUCAUGCAGGAACUUUUAGGGCUGAGCUGCUGCCCUGGCUGCCCCUUCUCCUCCACUGCUGCUGCCAAGUGCUUUGCAGGACUCCUCAAUAAGCACCCUGCAGGGCAACAGCUGGAUGAAUUCCUACAGCUGGCUGUGGACAAAGUGGAGGCUGGGCUGGGCUCUGGGUCCUAUCGUAGACAGGCCUUCACACUGCUGCUCUGGGUAACAAAGGCCCUAGUGCUCAGAUAUCAUCCUCUUAGCUCCUGCCUUAUAGACCGGCUCAUGGGCCUCCUGAGUGAUCCAGAACUUGGCCCAACAGCAGCUGAUGGCUUCUCUCUGCUCAUGUCUGACUGCACUGAUGUACUGACCCGUGCAGGCCAUGCUGAAGUGCGGAUCAUGUUCCGCCAGCGGUUCUUCACAGAUAACGUGCCUGCUUUGGUCCAGGGCUUCCAUGCGGCUCCUCAAGAUGUGAAGCCAAACUACCUGAAAGGCCUGUCUCACGUACUUAACAGGCUGCCUAAGCCAGUGCUCUUGCCAGAGCUGCCCACGCUGCUUUCCUUGCUGCUGGAGGCCCUGUCCUGCCCCGACUGUGUGGUCCAGCUCUCCACCCUCAGCUGCCUUCAGCCUCUUCUACUAGAAGCGCCCCAAGUCAUGAGUCUCCACGUUGACACCCUUGUUACCAAGUUCCUGAACCUCACCUCUAGCCCUUCCAUGGCUGUUCGGAUUGCUGCACUACAGUGUAUGCAUGCGCUCACUCGCCUGCCUACCCCUGUGCUGCUGCCGUACAAACCACAGGUGAUCCGAGCCUUAGCCAAACCUCUGGAUGACAAGAAGAGACUGGUGCGCAAGGAAGCAGUGUUAGCCAGGGGAGAAUGGUUUCUGCUAGGAAGCCCUGGCAGCUGAGCCCUCAGUCCUGGCCUAGAGUGGUCUGACAGUCUAACUGGAGUUGCUAACUAUUGAGCCAUCUUGCCAAGGCAGGGAAACCACUGGCCUCUGACAGCCUUUCCCACAGAUACAAUGUAAAUGCUGGGCCCCUGCUGCACGGCUGUACGAGAAACAAGGAGUCCUGAUUUCUAAUGGAUUUGUGAAGUAACUGAGUGUGAGACUACCUGUGUUUGAAGAAGGAUCUUAAAGCUCUUCCAUAUUUGUACAUCAGAAAAAGAUGCUGCUGAGGGGUGAAUGCAAGUGAGUGUGGCCCUGAGGACCAGGGAUGGUGCCUGUAUGUAUAUCUGCUGGAGAAUAAAGAUUUCUUUUGGUACUG